AUGAUAUCUUGGUUAGCAUUUCGGUGCGUCAAGCGUCAUUGCGCCUGGGCGAGGGCGGGCGGGAACACGACGGCCAGUGACACGCCAGCCCGCCCCGAAGCCACGCGGUUUCCGACGCACCGCAACUUUUCGCCGCCAUCGCAAUUUAAAGCACCCGCCCGCGAUCUUGUACGCGACGUUUUGUUUGUGUGCUAUACUUGUGAUGUGAUAACGUAUUUGUGA